ACUCAUUGUGUUAAGUAUCAACCGUUCACAUCCCUUAUUCAAACUGUCUUGACUUUAAAGCCAGCCUUAUAGGCACAGACCACAUUCCUAGUCCGAGAUUGACUGGUAGUAUGCUUUCUAUUUUCUCAAUUUUCAAUUUUCAAUAGCGCUAGCUUCUUCUUACCAUUUCCCAUCAAAGACCCAGUAUGUUUUAGCUUGAGAUUGUCAUCGAUUUUCAAAUUUUUUUAACUAUUUUAAGACAGAUUAAGUUCUGGGCAACUCACGAAAAUCCCGAAAAAGCAAGAAAAGGAACUUAAGAGGAAGAAUAAUUUGCAAUCAUGGCAGCUGAAAUUGAUGAGUGGGUGAAGACAGUAAGAGAUGGGAGAGUAAAUGUGUUGAUUACUAGUUGGUGGCAAGAAAUAAAUGAUUCAGUUUUGUGGCAAGAUGCUAUCUUUUUUACUCUUUCUGCUCUUUUUGCUAUUGUGUCUUUUGCUGCUUUGGUACAAUUAAUAAGAAUUGAGUGGAGAGUUCCAGAGUAUAGAUGGACAUUACAGAAGGUCUUUCAUCUUAUGAACUUCAUUGUUACUGGAGUUCGGUCUAUUGUAUUUGGAUUGCACAAGCAAGUAUUUCUUUUGAGCCCCAAGGCUCUAAUGCUGGUGCUGUUGGAUUUUCCCGGGCUUCUAUUUUUCUCAACAUAUACUCUCCUUGUCCUCUUUUGGGCAGAGAUCUAUCAUCAGGCUAGAUAUUUACCAGCUGAUAAACUGAAGCUCGUUUAUAUAUUGGUCAAUGCUGGAAUUUACUUGAUACAGGUUUGCAUUUGGAUAUUCCUCUGGCUGGACGACAAUGAAACGGUGGAACUAAUUGGAAGAAUCUUUAUUGCAGCUGUCUCUUUUGUCGCUGCAACCAGUUUUGUGGUUUAUGGACGAAGCUUAUUUAAAAUGCUGAGGCAGUUCCCGAUUGAAUCUAAAGGAAGAAGAAAGAAGUUGUAUGAGGUUGGAUCAGUUGCAGCUAUAUGUUUCACUUGCUUUCUUGUAAGAUGUCUUAUGGUACUUGUAUCGGCAUUUGAUGAGGAUGCUUCCCUUGAUGUGUUGGAUCAUCCAAUUCUGGACUUCAUUUACUACAUGAUUGUUGAGAUCUUACCCUCGGCUCUAGUCCUUUACAUCUUGCGGAAGCUGCCACCAAAACGAGUUUCAGGCAUAUAUCACCCCAUCUGUUAAUCCAGGCGCAUCUAAAACGCUAGACCCUUGCUGUUGAAAGUACUCAAAAUUGAACAGGGAAAAUUAAGCUUUUUCGCUAGUCAGACUCAGAACACACCCCUUAAUUUGACAAGGAAAGUCUAGGAUUACUGAUCUAGUGUGUCCAUUGAUAAUCCAGCGAAAUGUUUUUCAAUGGCAAAUAAUAGCUCCUUCGAGCCUUUUGUAGGGUGUGAUGGGAUUUCGGUAAACCUAGAUUUGCUAAUGGCAUCUUUUUUCUUGCUUCAACGGUAAGCCGAUAAGCAUAGUAAUGAAGGAGAUGUUUCAUGCACUAAACAACGAAGUUUUGUGCCACGCUUUCUGAAUGCAAAUCUUGAGUAAUUAUUUUAGAUUCAAAGUCUCUUCUAGACUUGUUUUGAUAUUUUUAUCUUGUUUCCGGUAAUGAUGUGUUUCCUCAGUU